AUGGCCUUAACGGGCCAGCAGCCGCUAAUAGUGGGCGUCUCGGUCGCUUUGAUGAUCUUGGCGACUGUUUCCGAUGUCUUGCGGUUCUGUUCUCGGUGGAUGAUGAGGUCCGGUUUAUGGUGGGAUGAUUGGUGCAGUUUACUUGCCUUGAUCCUCUCCUAUGCAUUCAAUAUCAGUCAGUUUGUCAGUGUGGGCUGCAACAUGGGCAGGCAUGGAGCGAAUGUCCCGGAUGAAGCCGCCUCCAUUACUUGCACCGCAAAGACAUUAUACUCAGUGAUCAUGAUCUAUACAAUUUGCAUGCCUUCAAUCAAGGUAACCAUGGUGCUAUUUUACUGGCGACUCUUCAGCGGGGACCGAAAAAUUCGAAUAGCAUUGUAUGCGAUCAGCGCAAUGCUCUUUUCCUGGUUUGUUGGGGCGUUGGCUAGCGGUCUAGUCGUCUGUGAGCCACUGCCAAAGUUCUGGAUUCACUCUAUCCCUGGACACUGUCUUCGCACAAUGACUUAUUUCCGGGCAAUUGCCGGUACCAAUCUUGCGACCGACGUUUUCCUGCUGGUACUUCCCAUACCUAUUGUUUGGGGUCUUCAUCGACCGGUUGGUGAGAGACUCGCUCUCAUUGCUGUGUUUACUCUCGGGGCCUUUGUCACAAUUGUCAGUGUGAUCCGAAUAGCGAUGUUAACAUCCCCGGAUGAUCCAGAUCCAUUAUGGGCCAACACCCAAGGAACCAUCUGGACUUCUGUCGAAACCAGCAUUGGUGUUGUCUGCGUUAAUCUUCCCACCAUGUCUCCGCUGUUCCGUCGAUACAUCCUACGGCGCGAGGUCAGCUCCGCGAACUCCAAGCCGAAAAGUCUCCCCUUGUCGUACCCACCAAGCAGCAAAAAACCCACUGUCAAUCGGCGCCGUGGCUCAACAUCAAGUACUGAAGGCCUUGAUACCACAUGGUCGAUUUCCGAUAAUGAUCAUCGGGAUAUUGUCGUGACGACGGGUUUGACAGUAACUGGGCAUGAGGAAGAAGGAGUUGAGAUGGAUGAGUUGAAGAGGCAUUCGUCCAAAUCAGUCUGCCAUGACUGUGAAAAUCGUGCAAGAGAUCCUAAGUCAGGGCCUUGA